AUGUCUACCCAUCUAUUUACCUGUCAGUAGUUAAGUAGGACGUGAAGUAUGUCUGAAAGCCACUGAUCUGUGUGUUGAGGACGGCCAAAAUGCCCAAUGAAAUCGAUUUUUGGGAUGCCUGGCUCGUUUGAGGUCUUCAACCAACGAUGUCGAACCUCUAAGUGAAUGGGAGACUAGAGGAGAUGGCAUCCGGGGACAAAUUCGUGCCAUCGUCGUCAUCGAACUGGAGCGUCGAGCCGCCGGUCAUCUCACCCACCAGCCCUUCCCACCUAACCCACUUCAAGCCGCUCACGCCGGAGCAGGAUGAGCCGCCGCUGCGGUCGGCGUACAGUUCCUUUGUCAACUUGUUUCGCUUCAACAACAAAGAGGAUGGCCGACCUGCCCCCCUGGUCUCUGAAAAACUGGACGAACCGCCCCCUUCCCCACAGUCAGAAAGUCGGAGCUGGUCGUCCAGCCCUUCCCACUCCAGCUAUGGCUCACGCACGCAGCGAAAAUCGCACUCCGAACACUUCAGACGCACCUCCACCGCCUCUGAUAGCAGCAGGAAGUCCGAUACGCCACUGAGCAAUCAUGACCCUCGCACAGCUGUGCAACUUCGCACAGCACUGAAACGACUCAAGGAAAUUAUGGAUGGAAAGAGUCAGGACAGUGACCUGAAGCAGUACUGGAUGCCCGACAGCCAGUGUAAGCAGUGCUAUGACUGCAACGAGAAGUUUACCACAUUCCGUCGGCGCCAUCACUGCAGACUGUGCGGCCAGAUUUUUUGUAGUCGCUGCUGCAACCAGGAGAUACCUGGAAAGUUCAUGGGCUACACAGGAGACUUGCGAGCCUGUACGUACUGUCGAAAAAUAGCGCUCAACUAUGCCUACUCGGCGGAGUCGGGCUCCAUCGGCGAGGACCUGAACGUCUUGUCUGACUCUUCAUGCUCUAUGUGUGUAUUGGAAUCCAGCGAGCCGCGAACGCCCGUGGGCGGACGCAAGGCAAGCAGGAAUAUCUUCCUGGAGGAAAACCUUACCUGGCAGAGAAAAACUCCCAUUGGGAUGAGAAAAACCAUGAUCCAUCAAGAGCCACAGAAGAGCAUUCUCCCUUCCAGACUCGCCACACUGCAAGAAGAUGUGGGUAAAUCUCCCACGAGGAAGAGGUCUGCCAGCGUCUCGAACCUGUCUCUGGACCGCUCUGGAUCCAUGGUGCCGUCAUACGACAGCUCGGUCAGCCCGCCCACCACACGAGCCUUGUCGGGCGCCAAGAGUGUCACCAAACUGGACCAUAGCGAGGAGGAGAGGAAGAACAUUUUGGACUCAUCACAACUAAAGGACCUGUGGAAGAAAAUCUGCCACAACAACACAGGCAUGGAAUUCCAGGACCACAGGUACUGGCUGAGGACCUACUCUAACUGUAUUGUGGGAAAGGAGCUGGUCAAUUGGCUCCUGAGGAACGGCACCAUCUUCAACAGGGCGCAGGCAAUCGCCAUCGGCCAGGCCUUGGUUGAUGGCCGCUGGCUGGACUGCAUCACGCACAACGACCAGCUGUUCAGAGACGAGUAUGCCCUUUACCGCCCUCUGCAAAGCACAGAGUUCUCAGAAACACCGUCUCCGGACAGCGACAGCGUUAACUCGGUGGAGGGGCAUUCUGAGCCAUCUUGGUUUAAGGACAUCAAGUUUGAUGACAGUGACACAGAGCAACAUGCAGACGAGUCAGACUACAACAUAUCAAGCUCUGCCAACCUCAGCAAGAGGCCGUCUGCCAGCAGCUCUCAGUCCGUGGUGGACAGCGACUCGGCUGCCUCCAUCAGCCUCAACAUGGAGCACAACAAUGUCAACUUCCACAUUAAGAAGCAGUCCAAGUAUCCCCAUGUGCCUCCCACCGCUGACCAGAAAGCUGAAUUUCUCAUGUCAGAGGAGGGAGGACAGAACAUCGUGAUCAGUGAUGCUUUUAUUAAAGAGUCCUUGUUCAACCGGCGUGUGGAGGAGAAGGCGAAAGAGAUGUUGUUCACACCUCUCGGUUGGCACCACAGCUCGCUGGACCAGCUUAGAGAGGAGAACGGAGAGAAGAAGGCCAUGGAGAGGCUCCUGUCCGCCAAUCACAGUCACAUGAUGGCACUGCUGCAGCAGCUGCUCUACAGUGAGUCACUGUCGCUUUCCUGGCGCGACAUCAUUGUGCCGGUCGUCCGCCAGGUGGUCCAGACAGUGCGGCCAGAUGUCCGGAACUGCGACGAUGACAUGGACAUCAGACAGUUGGUUCACAUUAAAAAGAUUCCUGGAGGGAGAAAGUUUGAUUCAACUGUGGUAAAUGGCUGUGUAUGCACCAAGAACAUUGCGCACAAAAAGAUGAAUUCCUACAUUAAGAAUCCCAAGAUCCUCCUACUGAAGUGCUCCAUUGAGUAUCUUUACAGGGAAGAAACCAAGUUUACUUGCAUUGAGCCCAUUGUGCUGCAGGAACGAGAGUUUUUGAAGAAUUACGUUCAACGCAUAGUGGAUGUCCGGCCAAACCUAGUACUGGUGGAGAAAACCGUGUCUCGUAUUGCUCAGGACAUGCUGCUGGAGCAUGGAAUCACCUUGGUGAUAAAUGUCAAACCGCAAGUGUUGGACAGAGUGAGUCGAAUGACCCAAGGUGACCUAGUGAUGUCCAUGGAUCAGCUCCUUACCAAGCCUCGGCUGGGCACCUGCCACAAAUUCUUCAUGCAGCCCUUCAGCCUGGCCAACGAUGAUGUCAAGACGUUGAUGUUCUUUGAAGGCUGCGCUGCCCACCUGGGCUGCUCAAUCAAGCUCCGUGGCGCCUCAGAAUAUGAGCUGGCCCGCGUGAAGGAGAUCAUCAUGAUGAUGGUGUGCGUGGCCUAUCACUCACAGCUGGAGAUCUCCUUCCUCAUGGAUGAGUUUGCCAUGCCACCCAGCUUGGCCCAAAGUGCCUCCUUCCCCUGCCUGCUGGAUGGCAUGUCCCCAAAGGGUGAGGCGAAUGCUAAGCAGACGGAUGAGGAGAGACACGACACAACUGUGACAACUGAUGAUAAUGGUGCAACCUCUGGAAAUCCAGAGGAUGAGACAUUUCCCCGUGGAUUGGAAAUUAGCCAGGACCAUCCAAGGACAUCUGCUUCCUCUCUUGAAAGUGAAGAAGCUGGAAUCAAAGAGACUAUAACAUCUUCACCUUUUUCCAGUCCUCCUGCUCCUCCUUUGUCAGUAUCCCCGCCCUUUCUAAUGGAAGAAGAUCAGCAGCUGACAACAAACUCAUUUGGGAGGACAGCCGAUGAUGAAACAUCGGAGCGAGAAAACCAGGAAAAGGAAGAGAUGGAAAGCCCUGAGGAUAAGGGGUCAGAAAUAUCGACACUCCGGUUGUUCCGAGACCCGCUGCAGGAUGACACGGGCCUGUUUGUGGCAGAGCAGGUGACAUCGACCGAUGACCACCUGAAGUCCAUCUCUGCCGUCUUCAAGCAGGAGCUGAAAGACAUCAUCUUGUGUAUCUCACCCUUCAUUACAUUUCGAGAGCCGUUCCUCCUUACGACUGCUGGCAUGCACUGCCCCAGCAGGGAUUACUUCCCCGAAAAGGUUUACCAUUCCCCCCUCAUCAACAAGGACUUGAAAGAACUAGAUGGGCGCCGGAAGCGCCAGCUCCUCAAAGAUUCUGCGUCCUCAUCGCUGGUCGGCAGUCAGACAAACGGCGUCACUCCAUUGAAGCCCAUCGACGUCCUUCCGUGCCACGGCCUCACUAGCACCCGUAUUGUUGAGCAACUGAACAGCAGUCAGGAUCUCGCUAAUAUGCUGGCAGAGUACAGAGCAAAGGGAGGGCGAAUUCGACAGAGGGAUGUGAGUGACCCCUUCAAUGCUGUCAGCGCAAUCGGUCUGGUGAACGGCCACAACAGGACUGAGGAGACGCCCUCACCAUCUAUCAAGGGCCCUGUGAAGGCCGAUAGUGAAGAUGACAAACCAAGCAAGCAGAGUGAGAUGAGCUUAGCCCCUAAGAUGGACUGUCUAACGCCUGUCAAUCAUCAGCGACUGUGCGUGCUCUUUAGCAGCUCCUCGGCUAUGUCUAGUAACGCUCCAAACCCCUGCGUCAGCCCCUGGAUCGUCACCAUGGAGUUCUACGGAAAGAAUGACCUCUCACUUGGUGUAUUCUUGGAGAGAUACUGCUUCAGGUCGUCUUACCAGUGUCCCAGCAUAUUCUGUGAGACUCCCAUGGUGCACCACAUCCGCCGUUUUGUGCACGGCAACGGCUGUGUGCAGAUUGUGCUGAAGGAGCUCGACUCUCCUGUUCCCGGUUACCAGCACACCAUUCUCAACUACUCCUGGUGCCGAAUCUGCAAACAGGUGACCCCUGUGGUGCCGCUGUCCAAUGACUCAUGGUCAAUGUCUUUUGCCAAAUACCUGGAGCUACACUUCUAUGGCCACCAGUACACCAGGCGGGCCAACGCUGAACCCUGUGGGCACUCCAUCCAUAAAGACUACCACCAGUACUUCUCCUACAACCAGAUGGUGGCCUCCUUCAGCUACACAUCUGUGAGGCUGUUGGAGAUCUGUCUUCCCCGUCCCAAAAUUUUGAUCAGGAACCUGGGGCCUUCCAAAGCCAUCUUACAGCAGGACCUUAAAGACUUUUCCCUCAAAGUGACGCAGGUCUACUUGGCCAUUGACGAUCGCCUCACUUCCUUGAAGACUGAGACCUUCAGUAAGACUCGAGAGGAGAAAAUGGAGGACCUCUUUGCCCAAAAAGACAUGGAGGAGGCUGAGCUGCGCAGUUGGAUUGAGAAGCUCCAAGCGCGAUUUCAGGUCUGUGGUUUGGAUUCUCCGCAGCAGCUCCAGACAGUGCUCGAGUCUCUAGUGAUGAAGAAGCAGAGCCUCUGUGAGAUGCUACAGUCGUGGAACAGCAGGCUGCAAGACUUGUUCCAGCAGGAGAAAGGCCGCAAGCGUCUGUCAGUCCCCCCGAGCCCAGGCCGUCACCGGCAGACCACUGCUGAUGACAGCAAGAGCACCCUGGACUCCUCACCACGUAACCCCUCGCCGGUGGUGCAGAAUGGCGACAAAGAGGACCGUCUCCUCAGCACACUGCCCUCCACAUCCUCCUCCUCUACUGCGCUGCUGUCGCCCGGGGAACCUGGAGCCGAGCCGAACACACCCGGUCCCUCCAUCAUCGAGCCGGACUCUGUCAGCAUCCCAGAAGACGUGUUUGACGGACACUUGCUGGGUUCCACUGACAGUCAGGUGAAGGAGAAAUCCACAAUGAAAGCUAUUCUGGCAAAUUUUCUGCCGGGCAAUAGCUACAACUCUAUUCCCUUCCCAUUUGACCCAGACAAGCAUUACCUGAUGUAUGAACAUGAACGGGUACCCAUUGCCGUGUGCGAGAAGGAGCCAAGCUCCAUCAUCGCCUUUGCGCUCAGCUGCAAGGAAUACAAAACAGCUCUCGAUGAGUUAUCCAAGAUGUCCAACGCAGGAGCGGACGAGGCGUCACAAGCCAACAGCGGAGAGAGCCGAGCCAAGGGCAGCCCCGCCAGGCUCGGCGAUUCAUCCAUGCAGAGCCGCAACAGCACAGAAGCCGACCCGUCCAAGGAUGCUGAUGUGGCCGAUAAUCAAAAGAAGCAAUCUCAGAAUCCCCAUAUCGAGUUGCAGUUCUCAGACGCCAACGCCAAGUUCUACUGCCGGAUAUACUACGCGGACGAGUUCCACCGGAUGCGGGAAGAGAUCUUGGAGAGUGCUGAAGAGGAUUUCGUCCGCUCGCUGUCUCACUGUGUCAACUGGCAGGCGCGUGGCGGAAAGUCUGGAGCGGUCUUCUAUGCCACGGAAGAUGACCGCUUCAUCCUGAAGCAGAUGCCCAGACUGGAAGUCCAAUCCUUCCUGGACUUUGCUCCCCACUACUUUACCUACAUCACCGGCGCUGUGCAGCAGAAGAGGCCGACUGCUCUGGCGAAGAUUCUCGGCGUUUAUCGCAUCGGUUACAAGAACUCUCAGAACAACACUGAGAAGAAACUGGACCUGCUUGUGAUGGAAAACCUUUUUUAUGGACGCAAGAUGGCUCAGGUAUUCGACCUAAAGGGAUCUUUGCGAAACCGCAACGUGAAGACGGACUCGGGCAAGGAGAGCUGCGAGGUGGUGCUGCUGGACGAGAACCUGCUCAAGCUCAUCUACGACAACCCGCUGUACAUCCGCUCGCAUUGCAAGUCGGUGCUGCGCGCCGCCAUUCACAGCGACGCCUACUUCCUGUCCAGCCACCUCAUCAUCGACUACUCGCUGCUCGUGGGACGCGACGACACUACCGAUCAGCUCGUGGUCGGGAUCAUUGAUUACAUCAGGACUUUCACUUGGGAUAAAAAGUUGGAGAUGGUCGUCAAAUCCACUGGAAUUCUGGGAGGUCAAGGGAAGAUGCCUACAGUGGUGUCGCCCGAGCUGUACCGCACCCGAUUCUGCGAGGCCAUGGACAAAUACUUCCUCAUGGUGCCCGACCACUGGACUGGAUUGGGUGUCAACUGUUGAGCAGGACACACCCCUGAGAUGCUUGAGAACAAGGUUCAACAUUUCAUGUAGGCUGAGAGCAUUUUAUAAAAUUGUAUUUACCAACAGACUAGCAUGUCACCAUUCCGUACAACACAAGCGAUAUUCCAGAUUUUUUUUUUUUUUAAUGAGUGCACUAUUGUGGAAAUCAGUCAUUAUUUUAUCUUGUGGACCGUUGAUAAUGCUGUCAUUAUAGUUUGCUACUGUAAUUUAAAGUUGGAAUAUGUACAGAGAUUAUGUAACUAUUAAAACAUUGUUAACAUUGAUUUAUAAGUACGUAUGAUUUUUUUGGGGGGGUGGCAAUAAUUUAUGUUUGAGCAGUCUUGGCAAAGAACGGCCAAAGGAACAUAAAAAUGGUACACUGCAUUCUUUAAUACAGCCCACCAAGCAUUUACAUAAAGUGUCCUGUAAUAUUUGUCGCAUUUAUUAGGCAGUGCCCCCCCCCCCCUAAAAUUGAUUUAUUAAAAUGCUAAGUAUAUACAUUCAGAGUUGGGGCAGAAAAAAUAGAGACCAUACCACAUGAUGCAAACCACUCAUCAGCAAGAAGAAUCGGAAUGCCAGCUUGGAUUUUACAAAGAAGAGAUGAGCCACACAAGUUUUGGACCAAAGUUGUAUGGACUGAUUAACCCACUUCAAAAUGGAUGAAAAGGCCAAAUUAUGAAUGGCUUCAAAGCACACAAGCUCAUCCGUGAAGCAUGAUGGCAGUCAUGGCAUGGCUUGGGCUUGCAUGGCUGCUUCUAGACCGGGCUCACUCCUCUUUAUUUAGGAUGUAACUCAUCAUGAUAGCAGCAGAAUUCUGAAGUCGACAAACAAAAAAACCUAGAAUACAAUUAUUGUUGGCUGAAAUAAAUCGGCGAAUAAGUGAGUAUAUGACGUUUCACAAAUUUCUACAAGAAAAUCAAUCUAGAGUAAUUUGCAAGAUUUAACUACUUUUUAAAAAUAGACUACCAUUGCUGACAAAGAUCCUUUUAAAAUAUAUGGGGAAAAACAUCACAAAGAGACAUUUUAAAUGAGAAAAAGACAAAAGCAAAACUGCAGCACAUUUAUUUAACUAGUUUUUCCAAAGUGUACCAUUCAUAUAUAAAAAAUGGCGAAAUGUGGUCGUACUGCAUCAGGAACUGCUUUGAAAAUCACCCAGAGUGACGAUUGUCCCGACUCGUGAAGCUCCUAUUUGUAUUAAAACCACACAUUUCACACACUUCAACAUGUAUUAUGCAUUAAAUUAAAUUCUUCUUCUUC